AUGCUUGGGCUGAGUACUUUCUUUAAACAGGGACUCUUUGCGACAUACGUUGGUCUUUGGACCUCAUCGCACCUGCUGGUCUACUCGAGCCGGUUGGCCUCUGCCCCGGCCUACAAUGCGACGUCUGUGGUUCUUCUGACGGAGAUGGUGAAGCUGUGUUUGGCCUCUGCCAUGUUUGUGGCUUAUGACGGCCCCCUUUCUGAGAUGCUUCGUCUAACCUGGACGCACCGCCGAGUCUUGCUGAAAUAUGCGAUCCCGGCUGUGCUGUAUGCUCUCUACAACAACUUGCUCUAUGUGAACCUUGCCGCCUUUGAUCCUGGCACGUACAACGUCCUGCUUCAACUGAAGAUUGCACUGACGGGCCUGCUGUACCAGGUGCUAUUCGCCAAGCAACUGAACCGGAACCAAUGGCGAGCCAUCUUCCUCAUCACGGGUGGCUGCAUGUGCAAAGAGUCAGGCAAAGUCAAAGCGUUGGGCUUCCAGGCAAACUUAAGCUCCUGGCUGCUGCUCAUUGUGCAGAUGCUGUGCUCGGUGCUUGCAGGAGUCUACAACGAGGUUCUUCUCAAGGCAUCUGACAGCGCGAAUAGCACUGUCCCGACCAACCUGCAGAAUGCCUUCAUGUACUUCCAGUCGAUCGUCGUGAAUGGCAUCGUGCUGGUGUGGGAAGGGCAGGUAGCGGAGUCCAUCUCUGCCGACAAUGUUGCUGCCAUCCUUACCCCCAGGGUGCUGCUCAUCAUCGGGAUCAUGUCCUCCGUCGGCCUGGUCACGGGCUUCUUCUUGAAGCACCUGGACUCCGUGCUCAAAGCUGUGGCGUCGGGGCUGGAGGUGGUCUUCACAACGCUCCUGGGCUUCCUGCUCUUUGGUGCGCCCCUUGGCGUGGCCGGCGUGGCCUCUGCCGCCCUUGUGGGCUCUGGAGUUGCACUUUACUCACGCCCGGUGCCCGUGCGGCCUCCGAGCGCAGAGGAUGAGCUCAAGAUCGUUUAG